UUUUGCUUUUAGGUUACUUAACUACGAGUUUCUUAAAAUUUGAAAUAAAAAUGUUGAAAAUAGUAGGUGGAUAUAGGAUAAUACUCCGAACCGGAGUUCUUUCAAGAAAUCUAUCAACUACACCCGCACUGGCCGACCAAUAUUGGCGUGAAGACCAUGGCCUACCCACUAACCCAAAUUCUGAAGGUCCACUUACAAACCUUCCUGAUUAUUCCUUUGUUGACGGACGGAUUACACCUUUAGGGACAAAUCAGAAAAAACGCAUACAACAUCAACAAGAAAUCGCCAGAAAGAUGGUCACUGCAAUAAAAGAAUUAGACUAUGCAAAGAAACGCUUUGUCGACAUGAAAGCCAGCAAAGAAGCUGAAAAGAAGAGAAUUAUUGAAAACAAACUCAAACCUAAAGGUCAUUUGUUGUUAAAAAAAGAUAAAUAAAGUUUUUUUUUGUUUAUAGAAUAGUAUAUUACACAUUA